AAUCAGCUUGCAUCGUCAGCCAUAUUGUAACUUUUACUGGAGUCGAUUCAAGUUUUGUGGACCAGCUGUGCGCGGAUUUCCUCUGAAGGAGAAUCAGGAGCUGGAGUACAAGCCGCCUGCAGCAGCAUGAACACAGCCCGGUUUGUAGUCGCCAUUCGCAGAGGAGGCGCGCAGACCUUCAGACGACCUCAGCUCCUCCUGGCUGCUUAUUCUCCCACAGUUCAGUGCUGUCUGGAGUCCACCCAGGCGGUUCCUGCCGCCCGGCUUCCCUACAGGGUGAAGCUGUCUGCUGGAAAACACUACGCCUGGUGCGCUUGUGGCCACAGCAAGAAGCAGCCUUUCUGCGACGGCACUCACACGAAAAAAGCUCCGAGUAUCUCUCCUUUUCGCUUCACCCCCGAGAAAGACAGGACAGUCCUGCUGUGCGCCUGCAAGCAAACCAAAAACGCUCCGUACUGCGACGGCUCGCACCUCAAAGUCAUCUACCAGGAUGUAGUGAAGUAUCUGAAAGGCAUCUUUAAAUGAUGUUUUCUUACAGGAAAUGAUGCAUCAUAAUCAUGUUAUCCAAUAGUUUUAUCAAGUUAAAAAAGUCAUCUUUUUUAUAUUAAAAUCAUGUAAUGUGCUUUGUUUGUUUUGGGUAAAUCAGAUGGGUUUUUUGUCUUUAUAAACUGCUUUUGUAUAUUAACCAUUCAGUACAAGUAUAUAUUCCAUUAAAAUGCUUUGUGGGGAAACUUUGUGUUAAUGUCACAAUGACAUCACCUGGGGCAACAUUUCCAACACCUCCUGCGUGACUCCAGACCUCCUGAAUCAGCCCCUUAGAGGAGUUUCCACUGGUGUGUUGGCUUUAAAAUGUAUACUUGGUUUAAUCUCCUCCUGCCUACUCGUUGCUUUUUAUCAUGUGCAUUAUGUGUUUUUGUAAAUCUGCUUUUGGUGCUGUCCAAAUAAAAAUUAUGAAUGUUUUUCUUCUUUUUA